AAAGCGGUGCCAGCCACCCCCUGCGGCCAUCGCGAGGCAGCGGCAGCGGCAUGGACCCCUGCCAGGAGGUGUUUCAGAAGCUGGAGAAGAUCGGGGAGGGCACCUAUGGCGUGGUGUACAAGGCUCGCAACAAGCGCACGGGGCAGCUGGUGGCCCUCAAGAAGAUCCGCUUGGACUCCGACACGGAGGGUGUCCCUAGCACUGCAAUCCGAGAAAUCUCACUGCUGAAGGAGCUGAAGCACCCCAACAUAGUAAGGCUCCUGGAUGUCAUACACAGCCAGAAGAAGCUCUAUCUGGUGUUUGAGUAUCUGAAUCAGGACCUGAAGAAAUACAUGGACUCAUCCCAAACCAGAGAGCUUCCUUUAAGCUUGGUCAAGAACUACCUUUUCCAGCUGCUGCAGGGUGUGAACUUCUGCCACUCACACAGAGUCAUACACAGGGACUUGAAGCCACAGAACUUGCUCAUUAACGAAGCAGGAGUAAUCAAGCUGGCUGAUUUUGGGCUGGCAAGAGCUUUCGGUGUCCCCCUGCGCACGUACACUCAUGAGGUAGUGACUCUGUGGUACCGAGCCCCUGAAAUACUGCUGGGAUGCAAAUAUUACUCAACCCCUGUGGAUAUCUGGAGCGUCGGCUGCAUCUUUGCAGAAAUGCUGACCAGGAAGGCCCUGUUUCCAGGGGACUCUGAGAUCGAUCAGCUCUUCCGGAUCUUUCGCACUCUGGGCACUCCCACUGAGGAGACCUGGCCUGGAGUGACCCAGCUGCCUGACUACAAGGAGAACUUUCCCCAGUGGGCAAGGAAGGAGAUGACAGAAAUUGUUCCCAGCUUAAAUCGAGAUGGUAGAGACUUACUGGUGCAAUUGCUCCUGUACGACCCCAGCAAGCGCAUCUCAGCCAAGGCAGCCCUCAGUCACCAGUACUUCUUCCAGAGAAGCCCUCGGAAGCCUGAAGAGCAACGUGUGCUGCAGAAACACUGCAGAUGAGAAAAUACAGUUGGGAUCCCUUCUCCUGAGGAGCCUGGAGGGGACAUUCUUGCAUUUAGAGACUCUCAGCCUGUUUUCCUGGGGGAAAGUUUGAGUUAUAGCCCGUAGAACCCUUUUAAAUGGGUCACGUGCAAAAGUAGGGGGGUAUUUAUCAGCGUAAAACACUGAAAUGUGAGAGAUCAUCUUUCAGAGGUUUGUCCUUGCGUUGGUGAGCUAAGGUGACACAGUGAUGUCUGCCAGCACUGGAGUCAUCCCCGCAUUCCCAGCAGCGGCACAUCCCCAGGUGUGCCGGUGGCAGUUUCUGACAGCAGGGUGUGCCGGAGCUCCACUGCGGGCAAGGGAGCACUUCUCUGCUCCGCUGCUGUUACCAAAGCCUUGGCUUGUCAGCACUAGACAAGUUGUUUAUUCUGAGCUGUUUAACAGAGCUGGCAUUCUGCUCUUUCACAAGCUGAAAUGCACUAUAUGAUGUCUUAAUUUGUACCUUAGCUGGGACCAAGAAUCCGAAAGAUCCAGUUAACAUAAAGCACUUAAUGCAUGUGGCUGGAAAGAGAAACAGCUAGAGCCCUGGUUGUCCACCAUUGGUCCAGACAUAAUGCUGUUUCCUUCACUUUAUUAUCUUGAAAAUGUUUUUUGUUGUUCAAAUGAUUCAAGAAUUGUCCCUAACUUUUGGUGUGGUUUUUACAUCUUUUUCUUUUCAGUACAGAAGAGAAAUAAAGGCUUGUCAUU